AUUUUCAAAGAAAACGACGCGCCCCUCUGCUUUGAUUUGCUCUAUAAAUUCUGAGCCUAACAACAUCACAUUAAUUCAUUUCCAACCUUAUUUUAUUUCUUUCUUUCUUUCUUCAACACUCAAAAAUCUUUCUUCACUAACUACUAAAACCACAUUCUUGAGAGAAAAUGGAGGGCAGCGACAUAACUGCAACUUCACCUUCUUCCUCAUCAUCUCCUCCUCCUCCUCCUCCUCCUCAAUCGGCGGUGGUGCUCAGCCCCUGCGCCGCCUGCAAGAUUCUGCGCCGCCGAUGCGUCGAAAAAUGUGUCCUCGCCCCUUAUUUCCCGCCUCAUGACCCUCUCAAGUUCACCACUGCUCAUCGUGUCUUUGGUGCCAGCAAUAUUAUCAAGUUCUUGCAGGAGCUUCCGGAGAGUCAAAGAGACGACGCGGUGAGCAGCAUGGUGUACGAGGCGAACGCGAGGCUACGGGAGCCCGUGUACGGCUGCGCCGGCGCCAUUUGCCAGCUCCAGAAACAAGUCAACGAGCUCCACGAGCAACUAGCUAAAGCACAGGCUGAACUUGUCAACGUGCAAUGCCAAAAUGCAAAUCUCAUGGCCAUUAUCUGCAUGGAGAUGUCAUCACAAAAUAACUUGGCCGAAACGACGUCGUUUUGUGACGAGGGCAAUCUCGGGUUUUCGUGCGAGCACCCUCUUUGGGCGUGAAGCCACGGGCUCUAUAAUUAGGGAAUUAAGUAUUAAUUAAUUAAUGAAUAAAGGUGAUUGGUGAUUCUAUUCAAAUUGUACUAUAUUAUGAAUUAAAGUUAAUAGUUGGAGCAUAGUACUAAUAGUUAGGGUGAUUAAUUACUAAUGAUUAUGUUUAAGGCAGAUGAAUUAAUGUAAUGUUUCCAUCAUUUCGAAAGGAGAAGUGUCCUUUUCCA